ACUUACUUUUUUAUUGCAGUUGUUCGUUUGUCACCUUUGUCACGUUGUGGAAGGAAGUGUGUCUGGGAAUAAGUGGGUGCCGAAGGUUUCUGUGUGCCUUGGAGAAUUUUGAAAUGAUGGGACGUGCAGUAAUGCUGAGGUUGUGCUGAUCUGUACUUGGAGUGCCCACGUGAACAUUGAAGAGAGCUAGGUUGAGAUUGUGCUGUAGAACCUGAAUGCUCCACUGGAUAUCGAUAUGUUCAACCUUCUCUCUUCCGCGCUGCAGAGUGCGGUUGAAACGCUACUAGUCGAAGAGCAUGCUGAAAUCUUAAUCCAAGGUGGAGGAAAAGAAGAAACUGGGAGUCAGACGGAACCUGGACCAUGCAUGGAAACGGUGUUGGAAAAUAGAAUGUUCGGGAAACUCGCGCAACGAGCCCGUGACGAUUGGCCAUCAGGUUUCAAGUGUCACGUGUUGAAAUUUUUCAUCGAGUUGUUGGAUAUUGGGAUACCUGCAUCACUAUUGCCUCACAAAGCCAUCUUCGGUCCGCUUAUGGAAACUAUUCAAGUUUGCGGCGAAACAAAUGCUUCCCCGUAUGAGAAGGAAGAGCUAGAGUUUUUGAAGGCUAUGUCUCUGAAGUUGAAACGAUUUUCGGACUUGGCCCCCUGCUUUUUGAUUCCGUUGAAUGCGGACUCCGAAAAUCCGCAAGAGGAAUCGAAAGUCGUUGAUCCCGAAAAUGCCUACUUUCCGAUAGUUCGUUCGUUUCUCUGUCUCAUGCUCAGUGCCGACUAUUGGAUUUCUUUAGAAGCCUCUCACGCAUUGCUCGAGUUCGCAUCCUGUUUGGAUGAUUGGCUGUGUCCAGCUCUUGUCGCCCCGGUUCAUGUUACAUUCCCAGAACAACGGAAAUGUUGCACGUCGUUGCCUGAAUUUCUGAUAGAACGUAUGGUUGAAAGUUUCGUCGAAUUGCCCAAAAAUCUGGAUCCGGAUAAACUGGAAGAAUCCAAUUGGAGACUCAGAGUCGAGCCAGAAGACGAAGAUUGGCUGCAGGAUUUGAAGCAUUUAGGGGUCAAAGCCAAGAACGUUUGGGAAACAGUGGAUACCACUGUGACCAAAGUUGUAGACGACGCGCUGGGAGCCGCGGGUCAGUCGGCAAAUCGGAUCGCGAAAGAAGCGUUUGAUUUCCUCAGUCGAGGCUUUCAACAAUUGCAGUUUGAGUUAGACUUGAAAGAAGCUCCCGACGAUGAAGAUGUUCCGGUUUCUGACGAACCCAUGGAAUCCCCGAGUCACGUAUUGGAACCCACGAGUCGAAAAGUGCUUUCGUAUUUGUCUCGACUGGACUUGGCUGAUGUCUUCGCAGCUUCCACUCCUUCCUUGGCAGCGAAGCAAAUUGGAUCGUGUUUUGGCGUAACGUUUUUGCGGGAUGCUAUUGAACGGCGUUUGUUUGAUCCUGAUCCAGCAGUUGCUUUACUGGCAACCUCGCAUUUGACAAAGGUUGUGCAGCAGGUAUCUUCUGGAGUUUUGUUGAAAGAAAUCUCCGAUUGGCUGCUUGGCGCGAACAGACUGCCUGAAAUACGUGGAAAACCAUGUCAUCUAUUGAAAGCUCUCCUGCUCGAACGUUGUCGUCAGAGCGAAGAUAUCGCCCUUGCGCUUGAGACGUUGAGACUUUUCGAAGUGUUGCUGCAGAAGCCGUGCGAGGACAUAAUUUUCAAUCUCGUCCUCGCCAAUUUGGUCGACAGACGUUACGUUAAUGUGGAUAAGCUCAUGAAUCAGUGUUCGUCUUGGAGUGACGAAGAAGAGGAGAGAGAGAAGAAACGAGCGGAAAACGGCGCCUUUUCGCCGAAUUCCACUCCACGAAGCAGAACAUUGGCACCAACAAAAAUUCAAAGGAUUGUGAACGAAUUUCUCGACAUGGUGCCCGAUUGUCUUCGUUCAUCUGGCGAAGAUGACGCCGGUCCUGCUGGUGCAACUUACGAACAAUACCUCGCUGAUGCACAUCGACAAACAAGGAAUGCCUUGUCCCAGUGUCGCAGUUUUGCAUGGCCAAGAGAAGCAACGAGUAAUGCAGAAGACUCAAAAACGACUGUUCGAGAACACGACGAAAACUCGAGUUCCGACUCACGUCCGGAAUCUGAUCGUUCUUUAUCCGGCGCAGCGUGUGACAAGUCUCCGUUCUACGAAGGCAGCUUCCUGGAAAUGAUUUUGGACCGGUUUGAUAACAUAUUGGAUCAGAUCCAGAUCGUGGGAUCUGAAGCCCCCUUAAAGGUAGCGGUGAACACAGUUUGGGCAACGUGGGACGAAAGCCUCCUCUGGUCACGAGUGCGGCUUACAUCCAUGUAG